AUGCCUUCACAAGUUGCCUCGUCUUGCGUCAGCCUUCCUUCGUCCUCAGCGGCCCUCAAGGCCGCGUCGCGUUUCUCCCUGCACGCGUUGAGCCCUCGAUCGUGGGCGGUAGCCUUUGCGCGCACAUCCAUACUCGCCGUUCUGGAGGAUGCGAUUGGCAUCGGGCAUCUUACAAUCUCUGAUUCCGAAGGGACACACUACUAUGGAAAAUACCAAAAAGGAUGCAAUGAUGUGCAUCUCACUAUUAACAAUGACACUUUCUGGUUAAGAAUUCUACUGUCUGGCGAUCUCGGCUUCAGUGAGGCCUAUAUGAUUGGCGACAUCGAGGUAUCCAGCCUUCAGGGAGCUAUGCGGAUAUGGCUAGAGAAUGAAUCCGGAAUGGCGGAAACUCUCUCAUCCACAGUUGCGAAGGUAUCUGCGGCGAUCACUGGGAUUUACAACAGCUUCCUUGGCCAGACGCGCUCUCAAGCGCGUCUAAACGUAAUCGCCAGCUAUGAUCAGUCAAAUGCUUUGUUCCAGGCAUUCUUGAGCAAGGAGAUGAUGUACUCGUGUGCCCUUUGGAGCGAAGCAGAGGGUGGCGUUCGCGGAGACCUCGAGAUGGGUCCGACACCUGGGGAUCUGGAAGCAGCUCAACGACGAAAAAUCCACCACGUUCUUCGUACGGCACGUGUGAAACCGGGAAACAGAAUUCUCGAGUUCGGCAGUGGAUGGGGAGGUCUUGCUAUUGAGGCUGCUCGCUCUUUCGGCUGCGAAGUUGAUACGUUGACGCUAUCUAUAGAACAAAAAAUCCUUGCAGAAGAACGUAUCAAAGACGCCGGCUUAGAGGGGCGAAUCCGAGUCCACCUUCUCGAUUACCGGGAAAUUCCAGCCGAAUUUGAAAAGGCAUUCGACGCUUUUGUUAGCAUAGAGAUGUUAGAGCACGUUGGCACCAAACACUAUAACACAUACUUCAAACUUGUUGACUUUGCUCUAAAGUCCAAAAACGCAACAGUUGUUGUCACGUCUUCCACGUUCCCAGAGUCCAGAUUCUCUGGCUAUCAGGCCGAGGAUUUCAUGCGCAAAUACAUGUGGCCAAACUCUUGCCUACCCAGCGCAACAGCUUUGAUUACUGCUGCCCAAGCUGCAUCACAAGGCCGCUUCACCCUGGAGGGCGUUGAGAACCAUGCUGCCCAUUAUCCUCGGACUCUUCGGGAAUGGGGCAGGCGUUUGGAGGCAAACUUGACACAAGAUCUCAUCUCAAGAGACUACCCAUCUCUUCGAGACGUACAUGAGUAUGCCGCGUUCAAACGCAAGUGGGAGUACCUCUUUGCAUACGCUGGCGCUGGUUUCGCAAAGGGCUAUAUUACGUGUCAUAUGCUCACCUUUAUCCGCCAGAACGAUACACCAGCAGUAUGCUGUGAUUGAGUGAUCCUCUUUCCACAAUUAAAUGAACGGAGGAGGAAGUGCCACCUAGGGCGCUUGGGAUGUAUUAUUAUCACCUUAUCUUGCACUCUAACUAGACGUCAACUAGAAUUACCAGUCGCACCACCAUGGAAGGAACUUUAAUGAUUACCAGCUAUUCAGCACAUAUGUAUUGCUAAACGAUAUACUACUCUUUUCCUGU